AUGAUACUAAAUGAUUAAAAGGAUGCUAAAAUAUCACGAAUAAACUUAAACGAAAAUGUUUAAAACUAUGUUCGUAAAAACUCUAAUCAACUGGACCCCAUUCCCUCUAAAUAAACUUCUUAGGAAAUUAAAUGCACCUCUGAAAGCUUACCCAUUGGGAAUUAAGAUGCAGGCAAUGCUGUAAAAUGUGAAUAUGAGGUUAUCACGGAUAUCGCUAAUGAUUUGAACUUGGAAAUAUCCGAAGAUGAUACAGAAGACUGGGACAUCUACUGGAUUGAUUAGCAAAUAAUGCCUAAUUUUGUAAUGAAAAUGAAAAGUUACUAACGGGUGAAUCACUUUCCUGGAAUGCCUUUUUUACUUGAUGGACUUAAAUUUGAUCUUCGAGUUUAUGUAUUAAUUACUGGUGUCAAUCCACUUAGAGCAUUUAUAUAUAAAGAUGGGCUUGCAAGAUUCGCAACUCAAUAGUAUGAAGAACCUAAUCUAAAUAAUCUUAAUAAUCUCUAUAUGCAUCUUACAAAUUAUGCCAUCAAUAAGGAUUCAGAGGAGUUUAUUUUCAAUAGAGAUCCUAAAAAGGAUAAUAUCGGCCAUAAAAGAAGCAUAAGAGCUGUGCUUGAUCAGAUUCAAAAUAAAGCCAGAAACAAAACAAAUGUCAGAGAGGGUUUAUGGUCUGGAAUAAAAGAUAUUAUUUUAAAAACAAUAAUAUCAGGUCUGCCUAAAUUAUAGCACGUAUUUAAAACUUCUAAACCAGAUGACAGUGAAAAUAGUUAAUGCUUUUAAAUCUUAGGCAUUGACAUCUUUAUUGAUGAAGAUUUGAAGCCUUGGCUAAUAGAAGUUAAUUAAGCUCCUAGCUUCACAACAGAUACCCCGCUUGAUUAUAAUAUUAAGAAAAACCUGCUUAAAGAUACAAUUAAGAUGCUAAACUUAUCUUUGAAACGAAAGUAUAAGUAUUUGUAUUAAAUGCAAACAGAUUAAAAGAAAAGGGUAAUGAAUGGUAGGGUUAAAAAAUCAUAAGAUGAAAAAGAUUACAUAAGGGCUAAAAAAUUAAGGUUAAAGGAUAAAUUUGAAUAGAAUAAUCUCAGUAUUAUGUAUGAGUAGCUUUUUCCUUUAAAACAUAUAAAUGACUAGACCUAAAUAUGGUAGGAGAGAUAUGAAAAACUAAUAGAAAAAUCUUAAUAGUUAUAUCACGAUUAACUAAAGGGACUUAUUCCAGUAAAGAUACCAAAAGAUUCAAUGUUCCUUGAUUUAAAGCAUGAUAAAUUUGGAAAUUAACAUUCAAGACAAUAGAAAUCUUAAUCUAUGGUGAACUCACCUGCAAGGAACACAGAGAGAUAAAAGGUUAAGUACAGUCAUACUCCGAAUCAGCAAGGAAUUCCUCCGUUAUAAAAUUACAUAAGAUUGAAUAAGUACUAAGAAUUAAUAGAUCACUUAAAGCAUUCCCUUAUUCAAAGGUAGCAUGAUAUACAAUAAAAUCUCUAACAGUCUAACAAGAUAUCUAUUGAUCCUUUCAAAGUAACUUAGUUGAAGAACUAACGGCCCUAGGCUAAGUAAAAUACAAGGGGUCACUCUUCAUUUAUAAAAGAAGAAGCUUAGCAGGAUUUCAAAGACACUAAAUAGGAAUAAUCAUAAUAAAUGUAACAGUAGCAGUUACCUGAAAUAAUAACUCCUAAAUCAAACAAUAAAAGAUUAAAAUAAAAGAAAAUUAGAAUAGAGAAGUUUUUGAAUCUCUCAGAUGAAGAGUAAAACAACUAUGACAGGAAUUAGAUAAUAUUUCAUACUAAUCAAUUAGAGUUUGGAAAAGCAUACCCAGUAAGAGGCAGACCAAGUAAUAACGUUAUAAAUUAUAAAGAUGAGUCUAAUGAAUUCCUCAUGCCAUAACCCAAGCAAACUCAGUUACUACCAUUUUAGCAGCUGUAAAUGUAAAGACAGUCACUUUAGCAUUAGAGGCAUCUGCAUGAGUAAUACAAUAAUAUGAGAAUCAAUACUAAUGAGAUUCUCGCUCCAAUAAUACCAACACAGUCAUCAACAGAAAACUAUUUGGACUAUAAUAUAGCAUCUAAGAGUUUUGGGUCUUAGAGGGAAGGAGUAAACAGUGCAGUAGAUAGGAAAGAGAUGAGUAAGACUUUGCCAAGGCAGUCUAUACUCCAAGGAAUAAUCGGCUAGCAUAUGAUCAGAUCCCCUCAAAUUUAAAAUAAUAAAAAGAAACUCAGUAUCAAUCUAGGUUAGCCUUGUAUAUUUCUUGCAGAUCCAACUAUAUAUCAUUUCAAUCAGUAAUCAAACAGAAUGGUAUUUUCUAAAGAAUUAUGA